AUGGCGUCGUCGAAGGUGAUGGCGUCUAUGUCACCGCCGAAUCCGGAUCGGCCACGCCUUCAGACUUCUAUACAUUCACUCACAAUCUCUGAACAGAGUAAGAACUACGGCUCCAUGAACAUGGACGAACUCCUCAAGAACAUCUACGCCGAUGCCGAAUCGUUUCCAACUGUAGGUGAUAAUGGGGGUGGCUCCGCCGUAGACGGUGGUGGAGGUGUGAAGAAUGAGGAGAAUAAGACGGUGGAGGAGGUGUGGAACGAGAUAGUGAAUGGAGUAGGUGAUAUUCGAGAGCCGGGGAUGACUUUGGAGGAUUUUCUGACUAAAGCCGGGGCUGUGAGGGAAGAGGACGUUAUGGUUCCGCCGGAGGCGGCUCCGUCGGAGUUUGGAGCGGAAUCGAUGAUGAAUGCAGCUGAGUUUUCCGACAUGCAAUUGGGGGAGACUGGGAUAGGAGGGUUUGGAGUUGAGGCGGUGGGGUUUGGGAAUGGAAUUGAUGGAAGAAUGGUGGCUGUGGGGACCAGUGGAGGUGGACGUAGUGGUGGGAGAGGGAAGAGGAGAUUGGUGGAGGAGGCGCCGGUGGACAAGGCGACGCAGCAGAAGCAGAGGAGGAUGAUCAAGAACAGAGAGUCUGCGGCGAGGUCGAGGGAGCGAAAGCAGGCCUAUACUGUUGAGUUGGAAUCGUUGGUCACGCAAUUGGAGGAGGAGAAUGCUAUGCUUUUGAGAGAAGAGGACUUAGAUUUUUUAGCAAUGUAA